CAUCCGAAUAAAAAGAAUUCCUUUUAAUUGAUGAGGUGAAUAAAAAAUCUUCUUUAUUCGCACUAUUUUUAAUAUUUCGUCGAAAUACACUGGCCAGUGCACUGAUGUCUACUGGCCAGUGUAUUUCGGAACAAUUCACCAGUAUAGCGUCGAUUCAUGAUGUCAUUAGCACUGGCCCAGUAUACUGGUAUAGGUAUAUAUUACGGAAUACACCCGAGAUCACCCCGAGAUCAUCUGAUCAUCUGACGUCUGUCAGCAACAGUCGUGAAAAUCAGCGAAAAUAGCUUUUAAAAAAUAACUUUUUUAUGUAAAUAAUUUAGAAAAAGUAUAUAAGGUGUUGUUCCGGCUAGUGUUAUAUUGUAUCCAAGGAUUCUGAUAUUUUCUCUAAAUAAAUACCAACUUCUGUUAAAUAAAAAUGGAACUGUCGUGUCGAUCUUUUCGAUAUGUGAACCGGCUUCUCUUUCAACCUCUAAAAACAUCUAGAAGGUAUAAAACUGUGAACAUACAAUUGAAGGAAGAGGUUAAUUCAGAACUCCUGAAUUCGUUUAACGAAGACAUCAAAUCUGGAGGUGCAGUCCCUGUGUUUCGGAAAGCGCUACUGUUUCCUUCGCGUGUUGCACUACAAGAUGAGGUCGGGAUCUACACCUAUGCGGGGUUACACCAGGCCGCGACUGCGCUCAGUCAGGAGAUUGCAGCGCAAUUGCUCGGUGAAACGCAGCGAACUGUCGCAUAUAUGUGCAACAACGACGCAUCGCAUGUUAUCACCCAGUGGGCCAUUUGGAUGACAGGCAAUAUAGCCAUCCCAUUGACGCCUCUGCAUCCACCGGAUAUGCUAAAGUACUUUGUUGCUGACAGUGACGCCAGUCUCAUAGUUUGCACCCAAGACUUUGAGAAAAUUUUACAACCAGUUACUAAGGAACUCUCGAAACCUUUACUGGUGACUGGCAAAGACAGGGAGAUCAUCGCUCAACUGUACCAACCAAAUACUGCUUUCAUGAAGAAACAGGAAGACUCAGAUGUUUUGACUGAUGUUGGGAAAACUAAUGAGUGGUAUGGACAAGCUGAUGCCAUGCUGAUUUAUACUAGUGGAACCACAAGUAAACCGAAAGGUGUAGUUUGGACGCACGGCAUGCUCGGAUCUCAAAUAGCUGCCUUACAAACCGCCUGGCAGUACUCCGCUUCAGAUGUAGUACUGCAUACUUUACCCUUACACCAUAUACAUGGACAGCUCAACUCGUUAAAUGCUUCACUCGCCGCUGGUGCAAGAAUCCGUAUGCUGCCGCAAUUCGCGGCGCACACAGUAUGGGCUCGUUUACUGGGCAUGGGGGAAAGAGAAGAAUGCAAAGUGACCGUGUUUCACGGAGUACCGGCUAUGUACGCGCGUCUGUACUCCGCGCACGCGGAACUAUUCCCGGCGCCGCGUACCGCUCAACACGUACGCGGUAUUCUGCAACGUAGUCUGAGAUUGAUGUGCGCUGGUUCGGCGCCGCUGCCUGAAACGCUGCUGAAGAAUUGGGAGGAGAUAUCGGGCAUCCGUCUCCUAGAGCGGUACGGCAUGUCGGAAGUGGGUAUGGCGCUGAGUAAUCCGUACCGGUCCGUUGAGGAUAGGACGGCAGGCAGUGUGGGCUCGCCGCUGCCUGGAGUGGCAGCUCGUAUCGCCGUCUCUACUGAAGAAAAUGACGACUUGGAACCUUUGGUCACUGUCGCAUGCGAUGAGCCGGAUAUGCAGAUAUCCCUAGAGAAACUUGGUCUCGUACCUAAGGGUGGUUCGGAAACCGGUUCUAACUGGAAACAACCGACUGUAACCGUCCAUAAGCAAAGCAAGGACGGCGCCUACCAAGGAGAGUUGCUGCUUAAAGGUUCCGGAGUCUUCAGCAGAUACUGGAAUCGCGCGCCAAAAUUAGACCAAUCAGAAUUCACGACUGACGGGUGGUUUCGUACGGGCGACACCGCAUUAUUCGCUGAGGGGCGCUUCAAAAUACUAGGUCGCACAUCAGUAGACAUAAUUAAAACAUCAGGAUACAAAGUGAGCGCCUUACAAGUUGAAUCGGCUAUAUUAGAACAUCCAGCAGUAUCCGACGUGGCAGUUUUAGGCGUAGAAGACGAAAACUAUGGUGAAAUAGUGUCCGUUGUAGUAGUUCUGAAGGAAAAGUGCAAUUUAACGUUGAAAGAAUUGAAGGAUGAAGCGGGUAAAAAACUGGCACCCUACCAGUUGCCCAGGAAUUUGUUGGUGGUAGAUACAAUGCCGAGAAACGCUAUGGGGAAGUUAGACAAGAAGGAAAUAAGAAGGUUGUAUGGAGAACAAUUGAAGACGGCGAAAAAGUGAUUUGUCAAUUCGUUGUCGUAAACGCAUGAUCGUCACGCGGAUUUGAUACCUGGUUGGGUCAGUAUAAUAGUACUUAAAUAAAAAAUACCUCAAUUUCCUAGCUCGAUAUUAUUUGACAUAAAUUUUUAGGCCUCAAUUCCACCACCACACCACGCGUUGUAUAUAUGGCGACUGACAGAUGAAUGAAUUCAGGCCAUUAUCUAGAACGGUUUGGGCAUUUAUGGUAAUUUAUUUCGAUGAAACCAUUUUCGAUAACCCACGUCAUCAUGCUACAUACUCUGGUAUCAAAACAAUGAAUUCGAUCUUGUUAAUUAUUUUGAUCAUGCUGGCACCUCACUUUUUUCGCGUCUUAGCUAUUUGUAAAUUAGACAAUAGUCUCUCCUUUUUAUUUAUCAUAGAGCAUGAUAAACAUAUACUGCUAACAAAUGUACAAAUAGCAAAUACGAAUAGUGAUGCAAUGUACAAAUAUGAUCAUUGCGCGAAUAAUAGUUGUACAAAUAUGAAUACAAACAUGCCCAAAAAUGGCCUUAGAAAUAGCAAUGUUUAACUGUGCAAUGGUGUGUAACACAACUUUUAACGAGUUUAAAAAACACGUGUGAUAUAUUUUUUAAAGGUACGGUAAAUUUCUAGUUUCGGUGUUGACAAUUUCGUGAUUUUUAACCUUUUACCCAUUUGAUUGUAAUUCCCUUUAUUGUUUAUGUUAAUGUGUGGUGUAUUAUGUAUACGCAUUUUGUUAAAUACUUUUGCAACCCGAUCUUAACGAUUCGCCGAGUUUUAAAAUUCCUAAAUUUAUGGAAGGUUGGAUAUAAAAGGUAAACGAAUAUAUGAAUUUAAACAAGAUGUAAUUUUAAGAAUGUGAUGUUAUACAGCUUAGGUUAGGUCAAUUAUGAAAUGACGGCUUUAACGAUAUGUCUAGGAAAUUCAUCAUCUGGCGAAUAAUACGAUCGGGCGACGACAUCUAAAUAUGGUUGUCCAAAAAGGCUAGUCCAUAUUGCAUGCAUUUAUAUAUUUAAGUACGCAAUGGUAAGGCAAUUAUUUUCGUGUAAAUGUUAUCCUAGUAACUUAUUUAACUACCAUUAAGGUUUAAAUUUCUGUGAUUUGGAACUUCAUGGUAAAAAGACAAUACAUAUACAUGCCAAUAUACUAUUUAUUUCCCUAAGACUCGCAAAUACUAUCAAUAAUGUUUUAGCAUUAGUAUUAAAUUGUAAUAAAAUAUCCCGUGCAACAAAAAACACAAUUGACCAGAUGCAAGUUAUUAUCUUCC